AUGAGAACAUUGAUGGUUCCAAGCUACUUGUAUAAGGUGGAAAACGCGCGAUUAAGGAAAUUAAGCAUCGCAUUUAAUAAUAGGGAUGGCACCAUGAAUUUCAGAUAUCUCAGUGCAGGACCUUUUCGUCAGGUUUCGUCAUCGAACACUCAUUUUGUUCAAGUUGUUACUACUCGAAAGAAAGAAAUGCUUGAAGAGGGACUUCGCUACUGUUCAUCGCUCUGCACUAAGCCUGAAACAAACGAUUCUACUACGAGAGGAAAAGAUGAUGAUGUUGAUGAUGAAAAUGAAGAUCUUGGCGAAGAAAUUGUAAUUCCAUCUUCUAAGGCAGUUCUUGACGAAGACCCGUUGACUAAAAAAGACAGUUUUGGUUUUCCAUUGAGUAUCUUUACAAAAUGUGAGUUUUUUUUGCAUCAUGAUAAUGUUGGGUUGUCCUACGUUAUUUAUGAGCCAAUAAUUCUUAUGCAAACUCGAUGUUCUCAGGGAAACUUGUUCCAUCCUUACCUGUCCAUCUCUUACUUGGAUAUGAUUCGGUCCAAAUCUGUGCGUGGUUUUGCUAUCGGCGCUACAAAUGCUCUUUUCGUUACCAAAAGGGAUCUGAUUGAUGCUAUAGUCACGAUUGAUGAGCAAAUAUAG